GCCCGAGCGGCGGCGGAAGCGGAAGUGCUGUGGCGGUGGGGGCCGCGGGAAGAGUCUGUCGUGUUUCUCUGUUCCUCUGAACCACAAUAACAGGCGGAGGGCCGGCGUAGGGUAACGAAAUGCAAUUUGGUCUGUAGUGAAUUGAAAUGACUGAGGUGCUUUGAACUCAAAUAAGCAAGAGGGGCGAUUGAGCCUAAUACCAAGGACAGCGCCACAAUGGGACCACGAAAGAAAAGUAUUAAAAUGUGUCUCACGAAUAGUGAAACCCCAGAGGAAGCAAUAUCAGAUGAAACAAAAGACUAUAUGAAUCAACUUUCACAUGAAGUACUUUGCCAUAUUUUUAGGUACCUCCCCCUGCAGGAUAUCAUGUGCAUGGAAUGUCUUUCUCGGAAGUUGAAGGAAGCAGUCACCUUGUAUCUGAGGGUCGUCAGAGUUGUGGAUCUCUGUGCAGGAAGGUGGUGGGAAUAUAUGCCAGGUGGUUUCACAGAUUCCAGUUUUCUAACACUUUUGAAGAAGAUGCCAGACGUUGAACAGCUAUAUGGCCUUCACCCUAGAUACCUUGAGAGGCGAAGAGUAAGGGGCCAUGAGGCUUUUAGCAUUCCUGGAGUCCUAGAAGCUUUACAAGCAUGCCCAAACUUGGUGGGUGUAGAAACAUCUCAUUUGGAGUUGGUAGAAUCCAUUUGGACAUAUAUGCCACAUGUUCAUAUUUUGGGGAAAUUUCGUAAUCGUAAUGGGGCAUUUCCAAUUCCUCCUGAAAAUAAACUCAAAAUUCCUAUAGGAGCCAAAAUUCAAACUUUGCAUUUAGUUGGGGUGAAUGUUCCUGAAGUUCCUUGUAUCCCAAUGCUAAGGCACCUUUAUAUGAAGUGGGUCAGACUCACUAAACCACAGCCGUUUAAAGACUUUCUUUGCAUCAGCUUAAGAACUUUUGUCAUGAGGAACUGUGCAGGACCUACAAAUUCCUUGAAAUAUGUGCCCUUAGUAACAGGCUUGGCGUCUGCACGAAAUUUGGAACACUUAGAAAUGGUUCGGGUCCCAUUCCUUGGGGGUCUUAUCCAGCAUGUAGUUGAAGACAGCUGGAGAUCAGGUGGCUUUAGGAAUUUGCACACUAUUGUUUUAGGAGCUUGCAAAAAUGCCCUUGAAGUAGAUCUUGGUUACCUCAUCAUCACUGCUGCACGUAGGUUGCAUGAAGUUCGCAUCCAGCCUUCUCUAACCAAAGAUGGUGUCUUUUCUGCCCUAAAGAUGGCAGAAUUGGAGUUUCCCCAGUUUGAAACACUUCAUCUGGGAUAUGUAGAUGAGUUUUUACUGCAAAGCAGAAUGGCUAAUGCAGAUUUGGUGAAGUAUGGACUGGCUGAUGUGGUAGAAAAUCCUGGUAUCAUUACCGAUAUAGGAAUGAAGGCAGUCAAUGAAGUUUUUUCCUGUAUCAAAUACCUGGCAAUUUAUAAUUGCCCCCAUCUACAUAAUCCAUACAAUUGGAUCUCAGACCACUCUAGGUGGACACGACUAGUUGAUAUCAACCUCGUGCGGUGCCAUGCAUUGAAGCUGGAUUCUUUUGGCCAGUUUAUUGAAUUAUUGCCCAGCCUGGAGUUUAUUUCGCUGGAUCAGAUGUUUCGUGAGCCACCCAAGGGCUGUGCUCGAGUUGGUCUGAGUGCAGGCACAGGAAUUGGGGUUUCCUCAGCCCUUGUUAGCAACCAGAACUCCAACAAUGACAAUGAUAAUAAUGCCCAGAAUAAUAAUGCUAACAUCCAUGACAACAAUCACCAUCACGCAGAUGAUUCAGAUGAGGAGAAUGACUUUCGGCAGGACCUGCAACCAGGAGAGCAGCAGUUCGCAGCUGAUGCUUUGAAUGAGAUGGAAGACAUGGUACAGGAAGAUGGAGAGGUGAUUGCUGAGAGUGGAAGUGAUAGACCAGCUCACAGUCAGGCAGUUCUUCCUGUGGAUGCAGAUGAGGAGCAAGCAGGACCUAGUGGUCUUCAACGUGUGGUAAAACCAACCCCAAUAACUGUUCAUGAUUCAGAGAGUGAUGAUGAAGAGGACAGUCUGGAACUCCAGGAAGUCUGGAUUCCUAAGACUGGUGCUCGGCGCUAUUCUGAACGGGAAGAAAAAACUGGAGAAUCUUUACAACCCAGGGAAUUGGCAGCAGUAAGUGGAAAAGGCAAGACUCCACUUCGAAAGAGGUACAACUCCCAUCAGAUGGGCCAGUCGAAGCAGUUUCCCCUCGAGGAGAGCAGCUGUGAGAAGGGCUGUCAGGUCACCAGUGAGCAGAUCAAAGCCGAUAUGAAAGCAGCUAGGGAUAUUCCUGAAAAGAAAAAAAACAAGGAUGCUUAUCCCAGCUGCAGCAGCACCACCACCAGCACAGUGGGAAACUCCAGCUCACACAGCACUGCUUCUCAGAGCCCUGACUUUGUAAGGACGGUGACCAGCGGGGGCUCUUCCGAGCCUAGCCCUACAGAAAUGGAUGUGUCCAGGCAGUGUGUCUGCUCCCCCGGUGGGUCAGAGGACUCUGAGGCCAUGGAUGCAGAGAGUUCUGUCUGCCCCAGAUGCUGCUGUCGCAGGCCCCAGGAAUCCCAAAGGAGAACUAGCAGGUGUUCUGAUGAGGAACGUCCUUCAACCAGCCGAGCCUGUGUUGUGAAUGGCCCGGAUGGUACGAGAUCCGCCUUUUCCUAUAGGACUCUGCCACAAGGGGGGUCUUCAGGCCCAGCGCAUGAUGAGAGGACUAAUGGGAGUGGCUGUGGGGCUACAGGUGAGGACAGGAGGGGGAGCUCCCAGCCUGAGAGUUGUGACGUGCAGUCUAAUGAAGACUACCCUCGGAGGCCCCUAACGAGGGCCCGGAGCAGACUGUCCCAUGUACUGCUGGUAUCUGAGUCAGAAGUUGCCAAAACAAAGCCACGUCAUGCUAUGAAACGGAAGCGAACAGCAGAUAAAUCCACCAGUACCAGUGACCCUGUGAUUGAGGAUGAUCAUGUACAGGUUCUCAUAUUAAAAUCCAAAAACCUUGUUGGAGUCACUAUGACCAAUUGUGGAAUCACAGAUCUAGUACUAAGAGACUGUCCCAAGAUGAUGUUUAUUCACGCUACCAGGUGCAGGGUACUGAAACAUUUAAAGGUAGAAAGUGCACCGAUUGUAAACCGAUUUGACUAUGCCCAAUGCAAGAAACUGAAUAUGGAUCAGGUACUAGACCAAAUCCUAAGGAUGCCUCCAGAGAGAAACCGUAUCAUAUACCUACGCCCAAUGCAGCAGGUAGACACACUAACUUUGGAGCAAAAGCUGUUUAGCGGCCCCUACCCCUAUCACAUCUGUAUCAUCCAUGAAUUCAGUAACCCUCCCAAUGUGCGGAACAAAGUGCGCAUUCGCAGCUGGAUGGACACGAUAGCAAACAUCAAUCAAGAGCUCAUUAAGUAUGAAUUCUUCCCUGAAGCCACUCGAACUGAAGAAGAUUUAAAGAAGUACCCUAAAUACCCCUGGGGGAGAGAAAUUUACACGUUGGAGGGUGUUGUAGAUGGAGCUCCGUAUUCCAUGAUUUCUGACUUCCCUUGGCUGAGAUCACUGAGGGCAGCAGAGCCCAACAGCUUUGCUAGAUAUGAUUUUGAAGAUGAUGAAGAGAGUACCAUCUAUGCUCCUCGAAGGAAAGGACAGCUGUCUGCAGACAUCUGUAUGGAAACAAUAGGAGAGGAGAUCUCAGAGAUGCGUCAGAUGAAGAGGGGUGUAUUUCAGCGAGUAGUGGCUAUUUUUAUCCAUUAUUGUGAUGUCAAUGGAGAGCCAGUUGAAGAUGACUACAUUUGACUGGCCCCUCCUCUUUCCCAGCUAUUCUAGCAGAAAGCAGCGGGGGCCAUCCAGCUGCCAGAAGGCUACACAGGAACUUUGGGCUUGGAACUGGGAGGCCCUGGCUCAGUUUGGUAUAUAGGAAAUGUAUAAGAAACAUUGAAAUCAUAUACAUAGAUUUGUAUAUAGAGGAAAUAUACAAAGACACUUCCUAAAGUACCAUCUUUAUAUCCCAUGUUUAUAUAUCUUAAUUUAAAAAUUUUUCAUUUCAAUGAAGGCAGAUAAUUUGAGCAUUGAUUUUGUUCAUUUUCCUUAUUUAGUUUUCAGUGUCAUUUGACUGAGUCUAUCAACUCUGCUCUUAAUCUCCAUCGUCCCUUCAGUCUGUGCCUUUUUCUUCUGGAGCAAAGUUGUCUGAGUAAAUUUGUUAAGGAGUCCUUUGUCUUGCGUGCUUUUUGUUAUGAAAAUUACCAACUAAAAAACCUUAGAGAGGAGUAUGUUUCUGUAGUGUAAGAUGUGGUUCUUUUUUGCCUUAGUGUUAAGUUGCUGCAUUUCUUUAAAUGGAAAGACUCAUGGAUUUAAAAAAAAAAAAAAAGAAUUUAUGGGGAAUUAGAAAAGUUUCCAAAGCACUUCUAGUUAUUUAUUUCCACAUUUAAUUGUGUAAAUGCUUUAUCUUGAAUAUAAGAAUAAACAUUUAUUACAAACUUUA